ACCAUGACCCUCUUCUUUGUUUUAUGUACCCCAACACACUCUUGUUCAUUUUAGCCUUCAGGCUACCAAAGCUUUCUUUUCUUCUUUUCUUUUUAUGUGGUGGCAAAUUGCUUGCUUAUUUGGUCUCUCCAGUUCCGCUUCUUAGCAAUCUAACAAAGGAAAGUGUUUUUUUCUUUCUGGGUUUUCUUGGAACAAGAAGGAAAGAAUUAAUUAGUAUGGGCCUCUCAAGUUUCCCUAGUGCAGCGGAAGGAUUGCUUCCAGUGCUGGUUAUGAACACGGUUUUAUCCGUGGCUCUAUUGAAGAACAUGGUCAGGUCUGUGUUCCAGGUGAUGGGUGCUAAUUGGACUCCGCAAGAUUAUGAGCAAGACCCAGAUGGAUGUCCUCGAGAACAUGCAAGAGAGAGAAGAGUAUCAAUAACCCAGUUCAAGUCCUUCACCCACAAUAAUGGUAGUGGCAGUGGAGUUGGUGGUAGUGGUGGUGAGAGUGGUCGGACAGGUGGUGCUACAGUGGAAUGUUGUGUGUGUCUGUGUGGGUAUGAAGCUGAAGAGGAGGUGAGUGAACUGUCUUGCAAGCAUUUCUUCCACAAAGGAUGCUUGGACAAGUGGUUUGACAAUAAACAUAGUACCUGCCCUCUCUGUCGAUCAAUUCUCUAGAUUGAUGGAAAUUUUUGUCCUAAAUGGAUGUUCAUGGUUUCGGUGGAAGAUAAUUUUUCUUCACUUUCUUGUUGCCUUUUAUUUGGGGGGGUUGAUUUUUGAGCAAAAUUAGUGAAAAAUUAUUACAUGACAAUGUCUAAUGUCUUGCUUUGUUUUUGUGUCUUAUUUUUAUACCUCUAGUUUCAGUUUGUGCAAGUGACAAGAACAUUUCAAAUUAAAGCAUCAAGAGAUUGGACCUAUUUUAACA